AUGCGCCGUCUUCAAACGCCCCUCCUUCGUCUUGUCCAGGCAUCCAAACAUCACCACACAACCAGCAGGAUGCAGCAACAGGCGAGCGAGCUGCGGACUCCAGUGUGUCCGGUGGGAGACGAGGCUGCUCUUCAGUUGGCCCGUCAGUGCCUGCUGAGUGGACAGGUGAUUGCCCUGCCCACCGAUACCGUGUAUGGCCUGGCCUGCGAUGCCAAUAACGAGACAGCCAUCCAGCGGCUCUACGAGAUUAAAGGCCGGGAUGAGCACAAGCCCGUGGCCAUCUGCGUACACAACAUCGCUGCUUUGCGACGCUUUGGUCAGGCUGCCCAUCUCAGCGACGAGCUGCUAACUCGUUUGCUCCCGGGCCCCCUGACCAUUGUGAUCGAGCGAACGGCCCAGCUGAGCAACAGGUUCCUUAAUCCCAGCACCUCCAAGAUCGGCAUACGCAUUCCGGACUUCAACUUCAUGCGCGACCUGUGCGCCGUGUGGCAUGAGCAGCCCCUGGCCCUGACCAGCGCCAAUCGCUCCAGUGCACCCAGCAGUCUGCAGGUGUCCGAGUUCCGUUCACUUUGGCCCCAAUUGGGAGCCGUCUUCGAUGCCGGUCAAAUCGGACUGACCGAGGAACGGCGACUGGCCUCCACAGUCAUUGACCUGGCCACUCCGGGCUACUUUGAAGUUGUGCGGGCCGGUGUCGCUCUAAAGCCGACGCUCAGCCUAAUGGAGGAGUUCGGCAUCCGGGCGCGGAAAAUACUUUAGUAUAGAAGCUAUCCAAAUAA